ACGUCAUGUUUUUCUGCUGUGCCUCGAGCAGGUAUUAGAUCUCCGACUACAGCAGAGACUCACCAGAACACAGCGCGAGCGCGAGCGCGAGGACCUCCGUUAUUAGAUUUAUGAGGCGUUAUAACGCGAUCUGUCAGGAUACUGAACUCCUCUUCAUUAUCUCACUGCGCUGGACUUUACAUUCAGUUUGUUUAAAAGUCUCCGAGUGGACCAUUAGCAUUUGACUACUUUUCAUUGAUGAUGGUGUUCCAGUCGGACCAAGCGCCACUCUCUCGCAUCCUGCCACAGCUUUACCUGGGAGCAGAGAGUGACGUCACACAGGAUUGUCUGUCGGCUCGAGGGAUUUCGUAUGUGUUGAGCGUGAGCCGCUGCUGCCCCCAGCCCUCCUUCCUGCCCCAGUCUCAGUACCUGCGCAUCCCCAUAGACGACUCUCUGAGAGAUGACCUGCUGCCAUGGAUCCCUCAGGCCCUGCGCUUCAUCGACGGCGCCAUGUCCCUCGGCUGCUCGGUCAUCGUCCACUGCGCUGCAGGAAUCUCCCGCUCUCCGGCUCUGGCCGUGGCUUACGUCAUGUACAGCCUGGAGAUGGAUCUGGACCACGCUUACAGGUUUGUGAAAGAGCGCAGACCCACAAUUUCCCCCAACUUUAACUUCCUGGGUCAGCUGCAGCUGUUUCAGCACACACUUCCUCUGAAGAGCAGUGACGCUAAUUCACAAGUCCAGCAGCCGGUCACGUCGCCCGACACGUGUGCACAGACCGCCGAGAGCAGCUUCUCUGCAGGUCUUCUAACACAGGACAGUUAUGAUGUCAUUGAAGGACACAGCACCGACACCAAAGGGAACACUCAAAGUUCCGGCGCUGAGAUCCGGCCCGAGUUUACACUAGCUCUCUCCGACAAGCUCAAAACUCUGACUCUCGGCACUGAGCGUGUGGAGCUGCAGGAACGAGCCGGCGCUCAGCCGGAGCCUCACACACACACACACACUCCCACGCCACAAAAACCCACACACCUCCACAUCCCGUUGCUCUUGGAGAAGAGGAAGAGCCUCACUCUGUCUCUGACUCCACUCUGCCUCGCUGCUGCCGCACAUACUGACCAGCAGAGGGAGACAGCGUCCACCGACUCAUGUCAGAGCAGGCCCUGUGGCUCUCCUGCCGUUCUCGAGGGGGAGGCGGGACACCUGGAGAAAGAACCGAAUCAUUCGUUAAGCAAAGGAACAUCGACGAGAUGCAGCAGGACGCAGAAAAGAAGGAACGAGGAGAAGAACGGCUCUCCUGCUCCUCACCGAGUGAAAGAAGGCCAGGAGAAGGUGAAGUCUGGACCUCAGAGAAGAGAGCGAGGCAGGAGGACGCUGCAGUCACACACACGGAGUGCCUGCGUUUCCAUUCCUCACCAGCCGGAGGCAUCAGGGAGAGAGCUCUCGGGCUGUGCGAUGGAGGCCGUGGAGGUGAUGGAUGGAGAGCAAAGUCCAGUGUCUCCCAUUCACCUGACCAUCACCAGACUGCUGGGCUGGGGCGAGCGCUUACUGCUCGGGGUUCUGCUCGGACCGCACAUCAAGGUGGGCCACGCCGCCCUGCCCUACCGGUGCUGAAUGCUGUGUGUGUGUGUGUGAGUGUGUGUGUGUGUGUGUGUGUGAGUGUGUGAGUGUGUGAGUGUGUGUGUGAGUGUGUGUGUGAGUUUUGUUUGUGAGUGUGUGUGUGUGUGAGUGUGUGUGUGUGUGAGUGUGUGUGUG